GUUGCGCUGUAUCGCGAGAUUACCUUCCUGCUGUCUAGUACAGCACUAAAAACUGUCAGUGAGGUUAGAGGGGGUAAGAAUUCCUCAAAUCGGCGACUGCCGUUUAAACAGCGGUGUGAAUGUCCAAAUCUGUGCUUUUGUGUUAUUAUAUACGAAACGUGUGACCCUGAGGAGGAAAACAACCGCGUUUUCAUCCAAAACUGUACAGGCCAACAGUAUCUGAACUAGAUCAAACAGUGUGCUGUAAUACAGCGAGCAAAUGGCGUUGAAAAGAAUCCAAAAGGAACUGACAGACCUACAGAGAGAUCCACCAGCCCAGUGUUCAGCAGGUCCGGUCGGAGAGGAUUUGUUUCACUGGCAGGCAACAAUAAUGGGGCCGAAUGACAGUCCAUAUCAAGGAGGGGUUUUCUUCCUUACGAUUCAUUUCCCAACAGACUACCCAUUUAAACCACCAAAGGUCGCAUUCACAACAAAAAUCUACCACCCCAAUAUUAACAGUAAUGGCAGUAUUUGUCUGGACAUCCUGCGAUCUCAAUGGUCACCUGCACUUACUGUAUCCAAAGUCUUGUUGUCCAUCUGCUCCCUGUUAUGUGACCCGAACCCAGAUGACCCGCUGGUACCUGAGAUCGCACAUACAUAUAAAGCAGACAGAGAAAAGUACAACAGACUAGCGAGAGAAUGGACGCAAAAGUACGCCAUGUGAGAGUGCCUGCGACUGAAACACUACAGAAUCAAAGGGACAGAGAAACACGUUUUUACUUGUAACAAGAGGAGUAAAAAUAAGUGAAUGUUGAGGGGAGGGGACAACUAAACAACAGACCCUUGGAAGGGAAGCAGAAGGCGGAGGUGAGAGGCGCUGGUUGGAAAUGUUGGCCGCUAUGUGCUGAAUUCGCUGUCAUGUGCCGUUCUCCCAGACCCGCCGUCGGAACAGCUUAACCUGGAAUACUCCAGGAAAACUGUAAAACCGGACAAACCUCGGGGUACCACAACCCAGGAAGUUAGACUUGUACUACUGUUAGUUCUAUUAUUACUGUCAUUGUGAUUUUCUCAGUGUUACUCGUCAUCAUUGUUUGUUAGUGUGCUAUGUUUUGCUGAAACAUCGGGAUGAAGUUGGAAUGCUGGUGACACACACAUUUCGCAAUCUCAUUGGAGUCCAUGUGGAAACCAUCAUUCUUUGUGUACUCGAACUCAACACACUUUCCAUUUUCAAACAGUUUGCGAUAGAAUGUAAAAAGAUAUUUUUCGGGUGUCAUAAAGACCUUAGUGUAGUGUCUGUCUUCCAACUUCCUGCCAUUUCAGUGUUAUGAAUGAAUGUGAUUAGGAAAAGGUUGUGUCCCUAUUGAGCAAAUGUGAUUUGAUUUGAUUUUCUUUUUUUUAAAUGGAGGUCAAAAGUCAAGUGAGUCUACAUCCUUGUGCUGUAAAAAAAAGAAACAUAACGUGUCCUAACCAGACGUGAUGCAAUGCAACAAUCGCCCAUUUACCCUCAUUUACUAUUUUCUAUAUUACUUCACUAAUAUGAAAGCGAGUGAGCGAAUUCGGACACUGAAAAGCACCAAACGCCCGCAGGAAUUAAUUUGUUUUGACCCUCGUACUGCAUAGCUGUCAUGGGACAAGUGCACUCGAUGUCAACUAUGGUUUCAGACGCCACUACAAAUGUCUGUUCCCUCAAAUAGUGCACUAUAUAAGGGUAUAGGGGACGAUGUCUGUCCACACGAGACGCAGCAAGGCUACAAGACAAGGGUUGCAUUUAUCUCCACUUGCGAACUUCCCUAAACACUCAGGGGAAACCCCACCGCCAUUUUGAAGUGUGUUCAACUUUGUCCAGUGGACGAGGGGAGCUUAUUUGGACAGACCCUCAAUUCCUCGAUUUUGACAGAGGGAGUGAAUCGACUCAUAUGUACGUGUCAGGUAGAUCCAUAGACCACAAUGCAGCAUAGCAGAUCAAGUGAUCAAGGGCUUAGGGCGUUCUAUUUAAACACAUUGCAAGGGUUCCACCAGUAGUGGGCACUCGUGCAACUUAAGCAAUGACGUACAUCCGAGUGAACGAGACGGAGGAAGGUUAGCCAAAGCCACUUGAAGGCAAGCCUGCAACCUAAGCUGAAAAAAAGUAACGCCUGCUAAUGCUUUUUUUUUUUUUGUGGGUGGGUGGGUGUCAAUGGAGGAGAGGCUUCACUACACAGAAUAAACUGCUUUUGUGAGGAAAUAGCUUAUUUAAUGGAUCAAUUAGCCCAUCGGCUAAUCUUCAGUAUGUUUGCUCUUAAACAUUCGUUUUGGGUUUAUCUAUUUUUAUAGUUUACGCCAACAAAAAAUGCUGUUUUAUGAGAGAAUUCACGAACAAUUGCACGACAGGUAUGAUUCAGUUCAUGACACUACUAAUUCAUUUCUACGGUAUCCGCAAACAGCGACUGUCUCACAACGAAAUUCAAUGACGUCAAGGCUGUAAUGUGGUUAUCAAGGCACACGUGAUCCAAGUUAGCCCUUAUGCUUUUUUUUAAUGGUAGAGCCUAGGAAUUUUUUUUCUUAUUAAUUAAUUAGUUUACUGACUACAUUUACAUGACUAAUUAUAAGUAGGCCUACUUUUUAAAAUAAUUACAAGUUGAAAAAAAUCAAUUGUAUGUUAAGAAUUUUAAACUAAUAUAACUUCAAAACAUACAAGCAAGUGGCAAAUAGUAAAGAGGAGCAACGAAACAGAUUACAAGCAAUAAACAAAGAGUGCUUUCAGUAUUUAAGAUUAUCUGAACAUUUUCUUUCUCACGUUUACUGUCGUUUGAUUGUUCAUAGAAGUUGCAUUCAAGCACAGAUCUUUUGAAAUAUAAUAAAUAAUGCGGUUUGUCCUGUCCAUUUAAUAUCUUAAGACAAAACUGGCUGUUUUUAGGCUAAUGUUACAAUAAUUUUGUGUCAUAAAACCAUUUUGAGACGAAAGUACAUUAAACCACUUACACAGAGUCGCGCACAGCCGCAUGCGCGAGCACUCUUCACAAACAAAGCCUCAGCAUUUGAAACUGAAAGCAGCCUUCUGUAAGUGAGUUUCAUAUUUUAAAUAUAUGAGUCCACUGCAUUCUAAACGACAUAAAUGAUGCCUUCGUAGAGCAUUUGUAAGGAAAAUACCGAUGGGCGAGACCGCGCACAGCAACAUCAAACAAAGCGCGCAUCCUGUUCAAUGAAGCCCGCGAAUGUCGUUGUAAUCCGCUUCAAACUUUCCGAACUUUUUAUGAAACAUUAUUUUACGGAAGGUUCGAAUGUUGUAUUUGUGUGAGGAAUUGGAAGCGAGCAGAAUCCGGGUGUUUCUAAAGCACACUCAGCAGUUAUCAUGCAUCUGAACAAAUACUAAGCUCAGAAUACAGAAUCGUUGGAGAGAGAAUCACGAUGCAUCAAUUUUAUUUAUUUUUUUCUCCCACCCCUACUAGAGCCACAGACCAUCACCAAAGUCCCUUUAAGUUGAGUCACUCCAAUCUCUUUGAAUGGGGAAACAUCAAAUUCUCCAAAGCUGUUCGCCAAGCUUUCGAUUGAAUUUCAUAUUUGAAAUCCCCAAUGAAAUCUAACUCAUAAAUUUUAUUUCUAAACGCUCAAAUCAUGACAAAAAAAAAUGCAUUUUUCAGGCUGGAUCAAGCUAAUGUGCAUGCGCAGUCCUAAGCGCGCGUCUCUAUAGGAAGCCAAACGGCUCUAAACGGCAGCGGCAGUGACGCAAUGACUUUACCAAUUGCCGAUUGGCUCUUAUUUAGAAGGCAGGACUUAUUCCGCCAUAUUGCUAGUUGCACUUUCUCCUAUUCAUAUAUACCAGUGCACUGUCUUUAUAUAUCUAAAGUCUUUGCCAUCACUGAGUGGCAUUAAAAAGUGGAAUUGAACAGCCAAGAUCAAUCACAAAUCAUCAUAGCCAAUCAGAAGAGCGUGUGGGCGGAGCUUUACCUGGAAGCACACUGCUGACUGAAAUGGUUAAGUACAUAAUCAAUUGAAUAAAAAUUAAACAAUUUUAACAUUAUUCAAAAUGCAUACACAGUGACUUGUCUUGGAAUACACGUUUGUUCAAAGUUUGAACGCUCUUGUUUCCUUUCAAGAUCUGAGGUCAAUUAUCCAUUGUCGGUUUUAUUAUUGCUAUUAAAGUCACACAAAACGUGAUAUUCAGUCACAAAUUAAACCUUUUAAUAUUGUACAAAACACAAAUUCAACAGGUUUUGCACAUGUGAAAUUCGUGUGGUUUUGGGAAGUACCUGACAUGAUCAUUGAGUCGCCAAUCAUGACGUCGCAGGAAUAGAAACCAUAUUGUUAAAAAAUAAAAAAACGAGGCGUCAAGUAAUGGCUGUUUAGCACAAGCACCAGUAAACAUGGAAAUCAACAAUGCUUUUCUCAUGUGUUGCAGCAUCGCGUCUCAUUAGGACACUUUGUUAUUAUUAUUAUUAUUUAUUCGACAUGAAAUGUUUUUUAUUAUUAUUAUUAUUAUUAUUUGGUUAUAAUCAUAUCUCCAUUUGACAUAUUCUUUAUUUAAUCUAGAAUGUCAUUAUUAAGGUGGCCGUUCACACAGGACAUGUUCUUGCUUUCCAUUUGUCCUAUAUUCUUAGCGAUGCUCUGUGUAAACAUGCACCAUUUUGUUUGUAGUGUUCUGAUCAUGUCAGUUUUAAAAGAAUAGAAGUUGAGCAUAUUUACAUAUGGACAAACAUAUAGUCUAAAAAAGCAACUGCAUAUGAAAAGUUCCCUAAACUUGUUUUUAUUGCAAGAACGCGUCCUGUGCAAACAGCCGCUAACUUUAAUUCACCUCAGCCGCAUGUGCAUGAUAUGACUGAUGUGUAAGUAUUUGUUUUGAUAAGUAUUGUAAAGUUGCUUUAGGAAUCAAGGCAGAAACUUUUUAUACUUGUCUUAAAAAUUCACCCAAUUUGCUUGCAGAAAAAAAGAGGGAGCAAAAAUGCUGAAUGGUGGGACUGUGUGUGGUGGGGGGGGGGGGAAGAAAAGAAAUGCCACCAUUUCUGCCAAAUGUAAUUAUGCCCCUUUCAAAUGUGCAGGCAAAGGGCACGACAUAGCGUAUGAAUGCAAUAUUUUUCGGCUAUUUAGCAUUUAUCUGUCUACAAGAGUGUAAUCCUUAACAAUCUUUAGAUACUCUUGUUCCUGUAGUCACUAAUAUUACUAACUUUUGACAGAGUAGAUGGUACGUUUGAUGUAUGACCAGCACAGGUGCUGGACUGAAGUACUUUUAUUGUAAAUUAAUUUUUUUUUUUAAAAACACGCUCAUCAACUCAUGGCUGCCUAUUUCGAGGUGGAUGAAGAUGUUUACACGGAGCAGAAUGAAAAAUAUUUCAUCACUUGUCCGCACUGGAGCUCGGAAGAAAGUCGCUUCUCAAACGCUCUCUGUUGGGAAAGAAAGUGUGAAGAUCUCCUCACCCUCAUCUACUGGUGCUGCUCUUCACAAGCCACAUGGCUCAAGACUCCCUGAAAAGGGCUAAAUAUUGCCAUGAUUAUAUUUAGCACCAUAUUUGUGUAUACUGUCACUAAGAGAAAUGACACUUGUGUCUUGUGGAUAUGCUUUUAAAGGGAUAGUUUACCCCAAAAUGUGAAUUCUGCUAAUCAUUUACUCACCCUCAUGUUUUUCCAAACCCAUUUGAUGACUUUCUUCUGUAAAACACUAAAGGAGAAAUUUUUAAUAAUGUUCAUGCUGCUGUUUUCCAUUCAAUGAAAGUGGAAGGGUACCGUGAACUUUCAAGCUCCAAAUAAAAAGUGCCAUAAAAGUUGCUCAAAAUCGCAAUUGUGAUUUGACGGCAUGUGGUCGCCGUUCACUUUGAUCGUAAGGAAAUGAGCAGCUCGGACAUUCUGCUAAACAUCUCCUUCUGUGUUCCUAAAACAAAACAAAAAAUGAUGGUGCGCAAGUAAUGACAGAAUUUUUCUCUUAAAUUGAAUGGAAUGUAAAAUUUGAUGCCAACUUUUCCUGACAAAAUGUUUCAUUACUAAAUGUGGCUCUCUGGUUGUAGAAUGUUACGUUUAUUUAUUUAUUUGCUAUUUAUUUGUCGUCUUCCAGUCAUCAGCUCAAAUGCAGUCGGCCUGGAAUUACACGUUGCUCCUCUCUGGUGCUUCGUCUGAAGCGGCCAGUCGAGUUGCAGUGGAGUUUUGAGAUUGUGCUACAGUAAGGCAGUAUAGCAUGCUUUGCACUCUGAUAGGCUUCAACAUUUUUCCGCAGCUAUUUGCAAGAUAUCAGGGAUCUUUUUCCAUUCUCGCACCUCCCCCAAGACCCUCAAUAAACCUUAGCCUUAACCGUCAAUGUAUAAGCAGCUGUACUGUAUACUUUGUGUUUUAACUGUGGAUUGGUACUGUACUACUUUGUGUAUCACAUACACACGUACACAGAGCCAUAAUGACCUCUCCUUGCUAACCGUUUGUGCUAGAAAACCCUGUCAUCUAACCAGCUCUCUCCUCAUGAAAUCAGACUCGGUACAGCUGAGACUAACCUCCAAGGUGUCAACUUUAGUGAAUAAAGCUCCUUUUGUUUAA